AUGAAGUUUACUGACGGGAUGUGGUGUCUCCGUGAGGGGAUCUCAAUCGACUGGAUGAGCAAUGUGGAACGAUUGUCAGUAGAGCAAGAUGUUGUGCAUCUAUUGUUGAAUAAGUAUCAGCGCCAUAGAGGGGAUACUUUGAAUUCACCGACGAUAUCUGCUACAGUCACUUCUCCGCUUGAGGGGAUCAUCGGGGUCAAGUUGGUUCAUUGGGCUGGUCAAAAUGAUAACGGACCUCAUUACCAAAUCGCAUCGAAAACCGGCCAUACUACGAUCGACCAAACGGACGGGCUACUUCUUUAUCAAAGCGGACCUGCGAGCCUCAAGAUUAACACAGCCCCCAACGAGUUAGGUUUUACAUGGUACGGUGAUUCCGGCCAAACAUUGACUGGCCACUCUUUCCGCUCUAUUGGCUAUGUCAGAGAUCGUACAACGGACAGAACUCGCUGGACUGAUGGGCUAUAUGUGGAACAUGACGGCUACAUGCUCGCCGAACUCAAUCUGGGGGUAAAUGAGAAGCUUUAUGGGUUGGGCGAGAGAUUUGGCCCAUUUGUGAAGAAUGGUCAGAGAGUAGACAUCUGGAAUGAAGAUGGAGGUACCUCAUCGGAACUGGCGUAUAAGAAUAUUCCAUUUUACCUAAGUUCCAAAGGAUAUGGAGUUUUUGUACGUCAUACAGGGAAAGUAAGCCUUGAGCUUCAGUCUGAGAGGACGACAAGAGUCAAUAUUUCGGUCCCAGGGCAGGAACUGGAAUAUUAUAUCAUCUUUGGAAGCACACCUAAGGAAGUGUUAAGGCGAUAUACUGCUUUGACCGGACAGCCGAGCUUGGUACCUACUUGGAGCUAUAAUUUGUGGUUAACUACCAGUUUUACAACGAGUUAUGACGAGAAGACCGUCACCGGAUUUCUAGACGGAUUCCGAGAACGCGACAUACCCUUAGGUGUCUUUCAUUUCGAUACUUUCUGGAUGAAGUCGUACCAGUGGUGUGAUUUCCAGUUUGACAAGGACUAUUUUCCCAAUGCCACAGCAUACCUGAAGCGUUUGAAAGAACGUGGUUUGAAGAUCAGUGUGUGGCUGAAUUCAUAUAUUGCACAGGCUUCACCAUUGUUCAAAGAGGGUAAAGAGAAGGGAUACUUUAUAAAGCGACUUGACGGUUCUGUCUGGCAAUGGGACAUGUGGCAGGCCGGUAUGGCCAUAGUCGACUUCACAAACCCCGAAGCCUCGAAAUGGUAUACAGAUCAUCUGAUGCGUCUAAUGGACAUGGGAGUCGAUUCGUUCAAGACUGACUUUGCGGAACGUAUCCCAUUCCAGAAUGUUAAGUUUUAUGAUGGUUCUGAUCCUGUGCGCAUGCACAACUACUACUCAAUACUAUACAACAAAGCGGUCUAUGAAGCCAUGAUAGGUCGGGUAGGGAAAGCAAAAAGUCUUCUAUUUGCUCGCAGCACGGCUCCCGGUGGCCAAGCAUAUCCUGUCCACUGGGGCGGAGAUUGCGAAAGCACAUUUGAAGCAAUGGCGGAAUCUUUACGUGGCGGACUCAGUUUGAUGUUAUCCGGGUAUAUUUUCUGGGCAUCAGAUAUCGGAGGAUUCGAAGGAACGCCACUACCAGCACUAUACAAACGCUGGGUCCAGUUUGGGCUCUUAUCAUCUCAUUCGCGUCUACAUGGUUCCAGCUCGUACCGCGUCCCUUGGAUCUAUGGCGAAGACUGCAGCGAUGUGCUCCGGGAUUCCGUGAAGAGGAAAAUUUCCUUGACACCAUACAUACUACAAGAGGCCCUUCAUGGACAUCAGACUGGCGUUCCACUUAUGAGAGCCAUGUUUUUAGAAUUUCCGGAUGACCUAAACACAUACACUAUCGAUACCCAGUACAUGUUUGGCAGCAAUUUACUUGUGGCACCUGUCUUCACUGAAGAAGGAACCGUGACAUUCUACGUUCCAUGUAACGAGGAAGACAAUCACAGAGGCAAAUGGGUCUCCUGGUUCGAUUACAAUAAAACAUAUGAGCCCGGUCAGUGGUACACUGAAAAGCACGACUUUUCUUCCUUGCCGAUUCUAAUUCGUCCUGGUACUGUGACUCCAAUUAACCCAAAGCUCAAGAGUCCUGAAGAUGAUCCGUUGGACGGUUUUAAGUUAAUUUUGAAUGGUUCCAUUGACUCAGAGAAUUACAAGAUUGAAAUUGUGAAUCCGGAGAAUACACAUGAAGUUCUGAAAGUCAUAGACAUUUGCAAGUUGAUUGAUGAUUCGGAAAUGAGUCAGAAGACGACGAGGGUUUAUACUUAUUUCUGA